AUGCAAAAGAUUUUCAUGGAUAACACAACACCUGGUGCAAUUGGUACCGCUAAUGAAUCUGGAUGGAUGACUUCUAUUGAAUAUCUAAAGUUUAUGUUGCAUUUCAUAAAGCAUGCAAAUGCAUCAAAGAAUUCACCAACUCUAUUGCUGUUGGAUAACCACGUUUCUCAUCUCAGUGUCGAGGCUAUAGAUUUGGCAAUUGCUCAUGGUAUCACAAUUGUUUCGUUUCCCCCUCAUUGUUCACAUCGCAUGCAACCAUUAGAUGUGAGCGUGUUCGGUCCAUUUAAAGCUAUGUUCCACAACCAAUGCCAAGCUUGA